UACACCGUGGAGGUGCCCGGCAUCACCAUCAUGAGGCAAUCCAACCGCUUCUUCUUCUGCGGCCACACCUCGGGCAAGGUGUCCCUGCGUGACCUGCGCACCUUCGUGGUGGAGCACGAGUUUGACGCGCACUCCGGGAGCCUGUCGGACUUUGACGUGCACGGGAACCUGCUGGUGACCUGUGGCUUCUCCAGCCGCAUGAACGGCCUGGCCUGCGACCGUUUCCUCAAGGUCUAUGACCUCAGGAUGAUGAGGGCCACCACCCCCCUGCAGGUCCACAUCGACCCCUUCUUCCUGCGCUUCAUCCCCACCUACACCUCGCGCCUGGCCAUCAUCUCCCAGACAGGCCAGUGCCAGUUCUGUGAGCCCACGGGGCUGGCCAACCCCGCCGACAUCUUCCACGUCAACACCGUGGGGCCGCUCAUCAUGACCUUCGACGUGUCUGCCAGCAAGCAGGCGCUGGCGCGAGCCCCCCCGGUGGAUCCCGAAAUCCUGCGCACCAUGAAGAAGGUGGGGUUCAUUGGCUACGCCCCAAACCCCAGGACCAAGCUCCGUAACCAGGUGCAGACCAGGAACAUCCGCUGCCUGCCAGACGUGCUGGUCAUUAACUGUGAGGUGAACAGCUCCAAGGAGGCAGAUUUCUGGAAGACACAGGCUGAGUAUUCCUUUCAGAAAGCCAUGAUGAAGAGAGGAGGCUUUGACAUCACCAAGGGAAAGGAGAUCUCUCUUGGAGACUGGAAGGAUCUGGGGAACCCCGACACGGGGCAUUCGUAUCCUUCCGUGGAGGAACUGAAGAACAUUUGGAUCCCUCACGCCAUCAAGAUGAGGUUGACCAAGAGCAAAGAGCUCGAUGUGAGCAACUGGAGCGAGACUGAUGAGCUGAGCCCAACAGACGACCCCGAGUCCGUGUACAUCUACGACCUCAUGGCCACCGUUGUCCACAUCCUGGAUUCCCGCACUGGGGGCAGCCUGGUGGGGCACAUCAAGGUGGGAGAGACCUACCACCAACGCAAGGAGGGAGUCACACACCAGCAGUGGUACCUCUUCAACGACUUCCUCAUCGAGCCCGUGGACAAGUGCGAAGCUGUGCAGUUUGACAUGAGCUGGAAGGUUCCAGCCAUCCUCUACUACGCCAGGAGGAACCUCAACUCCAAGUACAACCUCGUCAUCAAGAACCCCAUCGAGGCCAGCGUGCUCCUGGCUGAGGCGUCGCUGGCCCGCAAGCAGCGCAAGUGCCACGCCACCUUCAUCCCCCUGAUGCUCAACGAGAUGCCCCAAGCUGGAGACCUGGUGGGCUUGGACGCCGAGUUCGUCACACUGAACGAGGAGGAGGCCGAGCUGCGCAGUGAUGGCACCAAGUCCACCAUCAAGCCCAGCCAGAUGUCGGUGGCCCGGAUCACCUGCGUGCGUGGGCAGGGUCCCAACGAGGGUGUGCCCUUCAUCGAUGACUACAUCUCCACCCAGGAACAGGUGGUGGAUUACCUGACCCAAUACUCGGGGAUCAAGCCAGGAGAUUUGGAUGCCAAGAUCUCCUCCAAGCACCUGACCACGCUCAAAUCCACCUACCUGAAGCUGCGUUUCCUCAUCGACGUGGGCGUCAAGUUCGUGGGCCACGGGCUGCAGAAGGAUUUCCGUGUCAUCAACCUGAUG